AUGGGUUCCGUCCACGAAGAGGCCAAUUUGGUCGAGAAAGUGUGUGAGAUUUAUGACAAAAUCUCCAUGCUUGAAACGCUCAAACCCUCUAAAGACGUCGACAGUCUCUUCAGCCAGCUCGUCCUCACAUGCAUUCCACCAUCUUCUAUCAACAUAGCCACUCUUCCAGAAAAUAUUCAGGAAACAAGGUCUAAGCUCAUUAGACUUUGUGGUGAGGCUGAGGGCCAUUUAGAGGCCCAUUUCUCUACUCUUUUAGCCACUUUCCCUAACCCUCUUCACCAUCUCAACGCCUUCCCUUACUAUUCAAACUACAUCAAGCUUAGUCGUCUUGAAUUUGACAUCCUCAACCGACACUACUCCACAGAACCCGGUGUCGUACCGAAGAGUGUUGCUUUUGUGGGAUCUGGCCCUUUACCUCUCACCUCGAUUAUCUUAGCUUCUAAUCAUUUAACGAACACAUGUUUUCAUAACUAUGACAUUGAUCAUGCAGCGAAUUCCAUGGCCUCUAGCCUGGUUUCGCCUGAUCCUGAUUUGUCUGAACGGAUGUUCUUCCACUCAACUAAUAUAAUGGAGGUGAAGGAGGAAUUGAAGGACUAUGAUGUGGUUUUCUUGGCUGCACUAGUGGGGAUGGAUAUCAAUGAAAAGGUUAAAGUGAUCCAACAUCUGGCUAAGUACAUGGCGCCUGGAACCAUCUUGAUGCUGAGGAGUGCUCAUGGUGCUCGUGCUUUUCUUUACCCCGUUGUGGAACCAGAAGAUCUUCAAGGGUUUGAGGUUUUGUCAAUCUUCCAUCCUCAUGAUGAAGUAAUUAACUCGGUUGUGAUCGCACGUAAGUAUCCAGCACCAAUGGAAGUCGAUCAUAAUCAUCAUCAAGAGUUGGGGAUUGGAUCAUUCAUGCCUUCUAGUUGCAAGUACUGUGAUUUCCAAGCUUUUAACAAUCCGCUCAACCAGAUGAACAUAAUUGAGGAAUUGGCAUUGGACGAGUAG